AGACGCGACGAAGACGAGUGUGUGAUGUGAGCUUCACCCGAGGCGUUUGAUUCUGUGCGAGCGUCGAGCUCCAGCUAGCGGCGGCUAAUGCUAUGCUUCAUUACUGACGCGCUCUUCUGAAGCUCUUAUAAAGCCUCGUCGGCGGUAACUCCAGACCUGUCGCGGAUAAAUAGCGCGAGCUGAGGUUUAUUAGUUUGCCAGGGCCUUGUGGGCGAUUUAAGAGCUUGUCAACUUCAUUUCUGAUACGUUCAUUGAUAUUCAGGCAAAUCGCCGGGCUUGUUUUUUCAUUUAUGAUGUGGUUUGGUUGAUGUUUAGCGUUGACGGGCGUCGAUGUUUUUCGUGUGUUUUGUUUUGUAAACACUAAACGCACUGCGUGUUUCGGUGAACGUGCUCAUUAGUAUGUUAACGCGCCCGUGACGUCACGCAGGCGUCACCACGUCGCGUCUGUGACGUGUGAGAGCGGAUGAUGGACAGAAGCUCCUCUCUCUGACCCGGAGCCCAUGAAGCGCCUGCACCUGGUUACUUUCGGCUGAAUCCAUGCUUUCUGAUGAACUUGACUCCAAACCUGAGCUGUUGGUUGAGUUCGUUCAGAACGCGUCCAUCCCUCUGGGUCAGAGUCUGGAGGAGGUGGACAGUAAAGGGUCCUGUGUCCCGCUGCUGUCGGCGUCUCAGUGCGGCCCGCUGGAGCUGCCAGAGAGCGCUCUGAGUCAUGCCGCCUCCCCCUCGCUGUCAGACUUCGGUCCUGAGCGAAGCCCAUUGGUCGUUCAGUUACAGACCCCGCCUCCUCCAGCACAAACCCCGCCCACCAUCCUGCAGGACCUCCAGAACCACGACAGCACGUCCUACGUCCUGCUCAACCUGGCCAAAGGGCUGUCAGCCGAGCCGCUGGUCUUCGUUCAGGACGAGGUGGACGAGGCGCAGGAGGAGGUUUCGGCCGGAGAUGGAGGUGAUGGUGGAGCUCCGUGGUAUCUGAGGGUCCAGGAGCUGGCUCACGACAGUCUGAUCGCCGCCACACGAGCUCAGCUGGCCAGAGACGCUCGCCACAGCACUGACCACAACCACAGCGGCCAGCCCGAGCCCAAGAGAGAGCCCAGAGCCCAGAAGAUACACCGCUGCCCCUACGAGACCUGCCACCGCACCUUCACCUACCCAGCACACCUCAAAUACCACCUGAAGACCCACCGGAACGACCGUACGUUCCGCUGCGGCGCUGAGGGUUGUGGGAAGAGCUUCUAUGUUCUGCAGCGGCUGCAGGUUCACAUGAGAACUCAUAACGGAGAGAAACCCUUCAUCUGCAGCGAGAAGAACUGUGGGAAGAAGUUCACCACGGCCGGGAACCUGAAGAACCACAGACGCACGCACACCGGAGAGAAGCCGUUCGUGUGUGAAGCUGACGGCUGCGGACGAUCUUUCGCUGAAUACUCCAGUCUGCGUAAACACAUGCUGGUGCACUCGGGUGAGAAGCCUCACGUCUGCUCGGUCUGCGGGAAGAGCUUCUCUCAGAGCGGCAGCAGGAACGUUCACAUGAAGAAGAGACACGGCGACGAGACGCUGCCGGCCGACGGCACAGACACCGCUGAAGCGCUCACUCACAGCAGUCUCCUGGAGGCGGACGGCGGCGGCGAGUCGAUGGUCAGCGUCGGUCUGCAUCACGCCAUCCUGCCGCCUCAAGGUGCGGCGGACGCCGUCGUGGUGCUGACUCCGCCCCACGACCUGGUCACCAUGACGACGGGCCACGCCUACAGCGACGACGUGGUCGCUCUGCUCUAACGCUGCUUUUGUAAAUAAAAUCUUUUAGGAAA